GGGGCACGAGGUGUGAAGGGCGGGGCAGAGCCACGAGGGCGGCGCGGGAAAGCAAACCGUCGUUGGGGACCGUCGUAGGAGCCAGAACAUGGAGCCGCUUUCCACCGGCCGAGCCUUGAUGGUGGCGCACUGUGUGUGUCUGUUCUGGUCGGUCUUCGUGGUCACCCAGAAUGUAGGCCUGACGAACGACCCUUACCUGGAGAUGAAAAGAACCUUCGGAGGCCCCUGGAAGUACCUGACUUUUCUCAACCAGAGUCUUCAAAUUGUAUUAUUUGUAAUCUGUGUCAUUCAUGAUGUAAUUUAUAUAUGCAACCCUACUAGAAGGAAGGGACUACCUGUCCACAUUGUGAAUGUUCGAGAUUGGAUGUUCUCAGUGCUAGUAUUUCCCAUUGGCACUUUUGUAGUUUUUACCUUCUGGAUCUUCUAUGCCUUUGACAGAAAAUUUAUAUUUAACCGAGAAUUAGAUGGAACCUCUCCAAGUUGGAUCAAUCAUUUCAUACAUACAACUAUAUUGCCAUUACUUGUCAUAGAGUUGAUCAUAUGUCCCCAUAAGUAUCCGAGUAGAAAGAAAGGAGUGCUGGGACUUAGCAUCUUUGCAUCUAUAUACAUUAUAUGGAUAUUAUGGAUAAAUUACACAUCAGGAAUUUGGGCAUACCCACUUUUAGAAAACCUUAACAAAAGUGGAUUGGUGGUGUUUUUUACAUCUUCUUACUUUGGAAUAGUAGGCUUCUAUUUUUUGGGAGCAUGGCUGACAAAGUUGAUAUGGGAUUCAGAAAAUCAAAAUAAGACAACUGAAAGAAGUAGGAAAGUAGAAGAAUACAAAAAGUUAAAGUGCAAUUAUGAGUGUGUUGUACUUAUUGAUUGACAUAAACUCAUUUCACAUGUUGUUUAUGUUUAGAUAGGCUGGAACAGUUAUGCCUGUUUUCUCUUAUUAUGUACAAUGGUUUAAAUAAUUUGUUAAAUUUUAAAUAUUUAACUAUCAAAAACAAUUUUAAUUUUAGAAUAUUUUGGACUCAGCACAAAAAAAUAAACAUUUAAUUUUGA